GGAAGUCCCUCCCUGUUCCCAGCAGAGCCGCCUCCCCUCUGGUCUGUGCAGUCCGCCCCACAGCCAGCGUCGGAAGUAGGCCGCCAUAUCUGGGAACUGCAGUCUACACUUUGAAACCCAAGAGGGAUUAAAGACCCACCAGAGACCUGGAUAAUGGCCUUCUCCAUGGAUGUUGGAGCAGCAACUUCCAAUGAAAAAUCAGGUAGGAUCACCUCACUCCCACUCUUAUUUCAGAAAGGCUUUGCUCAGAUCUUUUCUCAGUGGAGAAAAGGGAAUACGGACGGAGACUGUCUCCCCCACAAGUGCUCAGAGACUGACUCUCUUGGAAGACACUAUAGUUGGCAAAUUCCUGUUAAUCUCAAUGACUUUGAAAUUUUAAAAAAUAAUGAGAGUAGACUAUUUGAAGUCCUCCAAAAUAAGUUUGGGUGUAUCUCUACCCUAAUGUCUCCAGCUCUGGAAGGUAAUAGCAAUUCUUUGGGCCAGCAAGUCUUCAGAAAGACCCUGGCCCCAGGGCUAGAGUUAUCUGUCUGGAAGGGUGACCUCAGCAGACGUGCUGUUGAUGUUGUGGUGAAUGCAGCCAAUGAAGAUCUUCUACAUGGGGGAGGCCUGGCCUUGGCCCUGGUGAAAGCUGGUGGCCCUGAAAUUGAAGAGGAGAGCAAAAGAUUCAUUGCCAGUUAUGGCAGAGUACUACCUGGUGAGAUAGCUGUCACUGGAGCAGGAAAACUUCCUUGCAAAAACAUUAUCCAUGCUGUUGGGCCUCGAUGGAAAGCAAUGGAGAAAGAGAGAUGCAUUGAUACACUGAAAAGAGCUAUUGCAAAUGUUCUGGAGUUUGUUUGUAAAGAAAAGCGCAUUAAGACAGUAGCAAUUCCAGCCCUGAGCUCUGGAAUUUUCAAGUUUCCUCUGGAUUUGUGUACAAUGACCAUUUUAAACACUAUCAAGUUUUAUUUCCAAAGCAAACAAGUGGUUGGUAAUUUGAAAGAAAUUCAUCUGGUGAGCAAUGAGGACCCUACUGUUGCUGCCUUUAAAUCUGCUUCAGAAACUGUCCUGGGAAGCAAUGAGCUGGACUCUUGGGAGCAUCAAGAAACCACCCCACCUUUUAAUAUGACUAUUCAAACUCCUCAGGGCCUGACUCUCCAGAUUGUCCUGGGCUACAUUGAACUACAGAUGACAGAUGUAAUUGUUAAUUCUGUAACCCCACCAAAUCUCAGAGUGGGACCUUUGUCAACAUCAAUUCUGCAACGGGCAGGAAAUGAAAUGGAAUUGGAAUUCUAUAAAAAAGUAACUAAAAAGUUUUCAGAUUCCCAGUUGGUACUGGUCACAGAAGGAUUUAAACUACCCUGUAAAUACGUAUUCCAUGUUCUGUGGAAUCCAGCACAACCUGCAUCUUUGAUAUUGAAAAAUGCAAUGAAGCAAUGUUUGGAAGAAUGCCUCAAGCCAAAUAUAACUUCCAUUUCCUUUCCUGCCCUUGGGUCUGGAAACAUUGGUAUUGGGAAGGAUAUAGUAGCAGAACUUAUGUUUAAUGAAGUUUUAGUAUUUGCUAAAGAGCAUUUGAAAAAACAACUAACUGUAAGGUUUGUGAUCUUUCCAGAAGAUCUGGAGACAUAUAAGGCUUUCAGUCAUGAAAUGACAAAGAAUUACAAGAUGCUGAAUCGUAACAUUUACAAUGUCCCCCAGGGGACCAGCGAGGAGCAAAGAGAAAAUGGGCUUGAAGUGGGGUCUCCUGCCAUCGAUCUGAUGGGAUGGAAUAAGGAAGAGAUGUGUGAGGCCAAAGCAUGGAUCCAAAGGAUACUGACAUCCCAGAAGAUCCACACCAUUGAGAACAAGCAUAUUCUCCACCUUGGGAAAAAGGAACAUGACAUUUUAUCUAAACUUCAGAAAACCUCAAGUGUCUCCAUUACAGAGGUUAUCAGUCCCGGAAAGGCAAAUUUAGAGAUCAGAGGAGCCAGGGAUGACCUCAUUGAGGUGGUUAUGAACAUUGAACAUAUGCUCUGUGAAGUUCAGGAGGAAGUGACAAGGGAAAAGGAGCAAAACCUUUGGAUCUUAUCAGGACAAUGGAUUGAUCAGCAAACAAAAAACCAGGAUGAAAUGAAAAAAAAAAUCACAUUUCUACGAUAUCCAGCACCUUGGACUGAAGAACUUCUGGAUCGAAAGAAACAGUUUGAAAAACAUGGUUUGCAGGUUAUAAAGGUGGAGGCAAUAGACAAUGCGGUUCUUUGGGCUGCCUUCCAAAGAAAGAAGAAAACGAUGGAAGGGAGAACUUCUAAAGAGCCUGUGAGCCACAGGUUGUUUCAGCAGGUUCCACACCAGUUCUGCAAUGUGGUAUGCAGAGUCGGCUUUCAAAGUUUGUACUCGGUGCCUUGUGACUCAGAGUAUGGAGCUGGCAUAUACUUCAUCAAGAACCUCAAAAAACUAGCAGACCAAGCCAAGAAAAUCCCUGAUAAAAACGAGCUGAUCUAUAUAUUUGAGGCUGAAGUACUCACAGGCUCCUUCUGUCAAGGUCACCUGUUAAAUAUUGUCCCACCUCCAUUGAGUCCUGGAGCCAUAGAUUUUCAUGACAGUGUGGUUGACAAUGUCUCCAGUCCUGAAACUUUUGUUAUUUUUAGUGGCAUACAGGCUAUGCCCCAAUAUUUAUGGACUUGUAUUCAGGAUCACUCAUCAAGACCAAUGUUAUUUUCUUCAAAGCAGCCUUGGAGGAAGUUCUCAAAUGGCAGUCCUGUUGAUUAAUCUCCAAUUCAUUUUAACAGCAGGCAUGACCUUGCACUGGAUGAUCUAACCAAAUAAUGACCACCAGUGAUUCAAAGAGUGGUUUGAAUAUGUCAAAUGAGUUAUCUGUUUGGACUGACUGAGCAUCAAGAAAGUACCAGCCACCUACUAGCAUCUUAGAGCCUUAAUCUUUGCCUUUAUCUCUUGGGGUUGAAGUGGAUAGAUACCAAUGAAAACAUUCUUAGGACUGUUCCUCUUCCUUGCAAUUGUUCUUUUGUCACCUUCAUUGUAGGUAACAGCAAAAAUGUUUUACAUGUAAUGAAGAGAUUUUUCUACAAUCUAAUCCAAGCCUUUUAUUUUCUAAAAGGAUGACAGUAUAAAAUAUUAGCACAGCAGAAUAAUUUUAGACUUUUUUUAGAGAGUCUUAUAAAGUGCUUUGGGUAUCAAAAUAAAUCACCUUUGUCUGAAUAA